CGUUCACGGGCGGCGCGGGCGCGCCGCGCCUCACCAUCCGCGUCGCCUUGCUCGCCACCGGCGGCCCCAGCGCCGUCGCCUCCCCCCAUCCGCGCCUCUCUCCCAGUGCCGCGCCACCUGCCCCGUCCACGCCGCCUACCCCUCCGUGCGCCGCCGCCGGGCCUAGACCAACGCCGCCGCCACCUCCCAGUCGCCGGCCGCUCACUCGCACCGCCGCCCGCCUCCCAGUCGCUGAUCCGGCCCCAAACGCCACCGCCUCCUCCUCAUCCGCGCGGAUCCCCUUUGAUUUCUUCUCCAUGGAUGGGGGCGGCUUCGAUUUCUUCUGUUAGACCAGGAGGCCAUGGCGUCGGCCGGCGUCCUGGACGUCAACUCACAGGUGCAGGUGGCCGAGGGAUUCCCCCACAUGCAGGAGUACGGCACCUACCUCCGGGGCGACGACAACGCAGCACUUGGCCGCGGGCAUGUCUCCGAGCCCCAUCCCCCUCGCGCACCGCGAUCUCUGGGAGUGCCGAACCAGCGUGCGGGGCGAGGGGCCGGCUUGGUGGCUCGAGGUCCACUGAGCGCCCGCCACCUGAACUUCGGCGUUUCAUCCUCGGCGGCAGGCGGCCGCGGUGGACAAGACGACGUCGUGUCGUCAUGGCCUGCCCACAGCGGAGGCAACAGUGGCCUUUUCAUUGGCGGGUCAUCAUCAAGGGCAGGCGGUGGCGGCCGUGGGUGUGCCAACUCUUCCUCAGUGGCACCGGGCCGUCGUCGGCCGCGCUCCAACGCCUCCAACCGUGGCGGCGCCCGCGGACGUGGUGGUCGCGGUGGGCGUGUAGCUAGGAGCGCCGGCCCUCCACAAGCACCCGGCGGCGGCUACACCGACGUCGAUGAUGAAGGUGCAUGGGAGGAGGAGGUGGAGGACUAUGGCAGCUCCGGCGUCCCUCCGGACAUGCAAAAACUUGAUGAAUGAGACACUAAAGAGGCAAUGGUGGAGCUAGCCCCAACACCAAGGGGCUCCUUCCUCUUCCUCCGUCUUUUUCUUUCUCAUUUCCCUUCUCUCCUCCUCCUUCUUCCCCUUUGCCUCCAAUGGAGUUCCUAAGGGUAGGGGGGCUUAAGCCCCCUGCCCCCAUGCUGGCUCCGCCUUGUAAAGGGGUGAGAUGAGUCGGAUGGUAAAGGAUCUUAAAAUUUGACUUAGAUUAUAUAAGGACAGGAUCCUAAAAGAGUAAGGCUCUUAUCUUAU